AACACAGAGCAUAAUUUACUACCAACUGUUCCUAUCGAUUGGAGUAUUCUAUCUAGAGAUAGAGACACAAACGUCUUUGUCAAAGAUCCAUGGAUGUACAAAACAACGGUGGUGGUAUAUGCUAUUGUGUUACCGGUGGAAAUGGCUAUAUAGGAUCUUGGCUUGUGAAAUCUCUACUUGAAAAAGGCUACUUGGUCCACACCACUGCUAGAGAUCCAGAAAAAAUUUCACGCCUUGCAUCAUUGUGGAGCGGCAAGGAGAGGUUAAAAAUAUUUAGGGCUGAUUUGCAAGACGAAGGGAGCUUCGAUGAAGCUGUAAAAGGUUGUCAUGGUGUAUUUCAUGUGGCAGCUUCUAUGGAGUUUAAUGUCUCAUCAACCAAAGGUAAUGAUAGUUAUAUUAGAUCAAAUGUUAUUGAACCUGCCACCAACAGAACCCUAAACCUACUGAAAGCGUGCUCAAAUUCUGGUUCUGUUGAAAGGAUAGUGUUUACAUCAUCCAUUAGUACUACGACAUCUAAGCAUAAUGACGGGAGAUGGAGGGCAACUGUGGACGAAUCAUGCCAAACUCCAAUUCCGCAUGUCCUGGACAAUAAGGCAAGCGGAUGGGUUUACGUUCUUUCGAAGCUUAUAUCAGAGGAGACUGCUUUCCAAUAUGCAAAUGAGCGAGGUAUCGAUCUUGUCUCGGUAAUACCUACUACUGUGGCCGGUCCAUUUCUCACUCCUACAGUUCCCGCCAGUGUUCGAGUUCUUUUGUCUCCAAUCACAGGGAAUACAGGUGACCCUGAAUUAUACCCAAUAUUAUCAGCAGUGCAUACAAGAAUGGGUUCAAUCUCGGUAGUCCAUAUAGAGGACAUAUGCAAUGCACACAUAUUCUUGAUGGAAGAAGCCAGGGCGAAAGGUCGAUAUAUUUGUUCAUCUCAGAGCUGUACCAUGUCUCAGUUGGAAGCAUAUCUUGCUCUAGAAUAUCCUCCUUAUACAACAAAAAGGUAUAGUGAGGAACAAAACAGCUCAAUCCCUUCUGAGAUAUCCUCAAACAAAUUAACUGAUUUGGGUUUUGAAUAUAAGUAUGGUUUGGUUGAUAUCAUCAAGCAGAGUGUUGGUUCUUGUCUGCAGCAUGGGUUCCUUGAACAUGUUGCAUUGGCUCGACAACAACACGACAGUAUUACUACAUGGAUUAUAUACCUUCAAGGAUCAUACCACACCUGAUUUGAGGGUAAAUGCAAGACAGGAGAGAGUGACCAAUCGAGCUCUAGAUGACUGCAAAAUCAGAAAAAGUCUUAAUAAAAAAAAUCACCUUGGACAAUGGCACACCUUGCGUUAUAAUGUCCGGAUGUCCGCCAAAAACCUACAAGCUUGCCGCAUCUAAACCACUAUCAGAUAUUGCAUAAUGGCGGCCACCAUCAGAUAUUGGCAUAAUGCCGGAGAAUCGGAAGUAAGAGCAAGUCCAGUGGGGACUUGGUAAAGUAACAUAUUUGAUAAGCCACGUGAAUGGAUAAAAUCAUUGGAGGAGAUUUUACGAUCAUGUUGGCUCAAGUAGGAGGGGAUUCGAGAGGACACAUGGAGAAUUAGGAUAUAGCGAUGAAAACCAAGGAGGAGAAGAAAUCAUAAAUUUCGCUGUAGCUUAUGACCUUAUGAUAGGUAACAUCUU